AUGAUGAUGAUGAAAGGGGUCUCACUUUCUCAAUCGACUAGUUUCCAUCGAAACAAGAUCGAUUUCAAUAGACCAAAGCUUCCGAUCAUCAUUGUGAAUCCAACCCCAUCUCGAUUUGCCCGCACCGUUUCCAGAAGAUCACUCCCUGUUCUCUCUCUCUCCGUCGAUUCCCACGCGCCGCCGCUUGUGGUCGUCGGAUCUGCGAACGCCGACAUCUACGUGGAGAUCGAUAGAUUGCCCAAGGAAGGUGAAACGAUCUCGGCCAAGACUGGUCAAACGCUCGCCGGAGGAAAAGGCGCGAAUCAGGCGGCCUGUGGAGCCAAGCUGCUUUAUCCGACUUACUUCGUCGGCCGUUUGGGAGAUGACGCGCACGGGAAGCUUAUCGCAGAUGCGUUGCGCGAUGGGUGUGGAGUCCACUUGGAUUACGUUAAAUCGGUGACGGACGAGCCGACGGGGCACGCGAUGGUGAUGCUGCAAUCGGACGGUCAGAAUUCGAUCAUCAUCGUUGGUGGUGCUAAUAUGAAUGCUUGGCCUGAGAAUAUGACCGAUGAUGACCUUGAGAUCGUGAGGAAUGCUGGUAUUGUUCUGCUGCAAAGAGAGAUCCCAGAUUCCAUCAAUAUCCAAGUUGCUAAGGCUGUGAAGAAAGCAGGUGUUCCGGUCAUCCUCGAUGUGGGAGGAAUGGAUACGCCAAUCCCGAAGGAGCUAUUGGAUUCUGUUGACAUCUUGAGCCCGAAUGAAACCGAGCUCAGUCGCUUGACCGGAAUGCCAACUGAAACUUUUGAACAGAUUAGCCAAGCUGUUGCAAAGUGCCAUAAGUUGGGAGUUAAGCAAGUCCUAGUGAAACUCGGGUCUAAAGGAUCUGCGCUAUUCAUACAAGGGGAAAAACCGAUCCAGCAGUCAAUUAUACCGGCUGCACAAGUCGUUGAUACUACUGGAGCCGGCGAUACUUUCACAGCAGCGUUUGCAGUGGCCAUGGUAGAGGGCAAGUCCCAUGAGGAAUGCUUGAGAUUUGCUGCUGCAGCUGCCUCUUUGUGUGUCCAAGUAAAGGGUGCAAUACCAAGCAUGCCUGAUCGAACAUCGGUCUUGAAACUUCUUCAAGCGAGUAUCUAA